CGCUGUGUAUGUAGUAUACUUCAUACUUCGUACAGAUCUUGCCAUUGGACGCGUGACCCGGGCGGCUUCCCUGAUUACUCCGUGGGAACACUGCGACUCCAAGUCUCCAACAGCCAGGGCAAGGCCGCAAGAUGGCCAAUAAUGGAAGAGCCAGCAGAUGAGAUGGAAGGCGCAGACCACCUUGACCCCAAAGAGCAACGAUGGGAACUGCUUGGGAGAAUGGAACCCGAGGACCCCAGAAUGAAUUGGGAGGGACCCUUCCUCUUCGCGGUGCUCCCACUUGGCACUACCAGUUCCCACCAAGGUCGACCCUUUCCCACGCAACACUGGCUCAGCCCACCCCAAAUGACUCCAAAACAGUCACCAGGGCCUUCAGACUGCCGGUACUGACGCUGCCCUAGAAGAAUAUGUGACGAUAGUAAGGAACAAGAAACCGAAUGAAGGGUGCUUGCAUGGCAACAUGGGGUUACUACUUACACCAUUGUAAUAUCACCAAAAUGUGCAAUCUCACUCUCAUGCAGCAAAACAUGCAACUACACCGAAGCACCAAGUUCAACAACCAAUCGAGUGGCGACGAAGGAACAUCAAGCUUCACUCACUCAAAAACCAAGAAGUCCACCGGCGAGCACGGCAUCAUCAAGGCCCACCUGAGAAGAGGCACCUCCACCCAGCUGAGUGGCUUGUCCCCUGCAUCAAAGCUGCCAGCCCGUCCUGCAGCAGAAAGCCUGCCACUUGUAGAAUUCUGGCCCGUUUUCUGCUUGAUUUGGCUGUCCACUGUCCAGGAAUUCAGAUCGAACGACAUGCCUGACGGCGAUAUUCCCCUGACCCAGGUCAGGAGCGCUGCCUCUACUGGCGCAAGGAAGCCCACGAUGAACGCUUCCAACGAGGACUCUGGCUCCUCUGGCACAAACGAGAAGCAUGGCCUUUUCCACCGCCCCAAUGCCAAGGGCGGACGCCGCAAGAAGAAGGCAGAGCUUGGUCGCCACGGAACUGCUGGCUCGGACGAGGUCAAGAUGAACGCCAUGGGUCGCUUCUACACCAAGAUCACCAGCGCGUCUGUCGUCACUCGCUACCUGGUCUACAUCAUCCCUAUCGGCCUUCUUCUCGCGAUACCACUCAUUGUUCUUCCCAUCACGGGCCACAAAGACGAUGUCAUGAUUGGCAACAACAAAGAGAAAUCGCUAUUUUUCCUCUUUUUAUGGAUUGAGAUCGCCUGGUUGACCCUCUGGGCCGGCAAGGUUGUCGCCUGGCUCAUGCCUCACGCCUUCAUGUUCUUCUGCGGAGUGGUCAGUUCCGGUACGCGCAAGUACGCUACUGUCCUCCAGAACUUGCAGAUUGCCCUUUCACUCUUCUUCUGGGCCCUGGCAUCAUGGCAGUCAUUCCAGGCCCUCUUCAAGUCCGACAACGACCAAUCUUCCUGGAUCACCACCAUGAUUCGUCUUCUUGGUGCCACAUUUGUGUCUUCAGCUGUGUACCUUGGCGAGAAGGCCAUCGUUCAGCUGAUCGGUAUCUCUUACCACCAGAGAUCAUUCGCCCUCCGCAUCAAGGAGUCCAAGCGCGAAGUUCGCUUGCUCGGUCUCCUCUACGACGCUUCCCGCACCCUUUUCCCUAUGUACUGUCCCGAGUUCGAGGACGAGGACUAUGUCAUCAACGAUAGUCUCGAUUUGAUCUUAGCCAAGGCUGCGAAGGGUGGCAAGGGCGGUAAUGGUAGCGCUACGCCCCUCCGCCUCGUCGGCGACAUUGGCCGUGUAGGAGACAAGAUCACCGGUGUCUUCGGUAACAUUGCCUCGGAAAUCACUGGAAAGCAGGUUUUCAACCCCAACUCGGCCCACUCCAUUGUUAUUGAAGCCCUCGAGAAGCACAAGCCUUCUGAGGCUCUCGCCCGCCGUAUCUGGAUGUCUUUCGUGGUCGAAGGAAAGGACUCGCUUUACCCCGAAGACUUCCUGGAAGUGCUUGGACCCGCUUACUCUGAGGAGGCCGACGAGGCUUUCGGUAUGAUCGAUAACGACAUGAACGGCGACAUCAGCUUGGAAGAGAUGACUCGCAAGGUUGUCGAGAUUGGCAAGGAACGCAAGGCUAUUACCGAGGGAAUGAAGGACAUUGGUCAGGCACUCCGCGUGUUUGAUAAGGUUCUCAUGUUCGUUGUCGUCUUGAUCGUCGUCUUCAUCUUCCUCGCGUGGUUCCAGUCCAGCUUCUUGACCACCGUUGCCACUGCUGGUACUGCGCUUCUUUCCUUGUCCUUCGUCUUCGCCGUCACCACCCAAGAAUUCCUGGGUUCCUGCAUCUUCCUUUUCGUCAAGCACCCCUACGAUGUUGGUGACAGAGUUGACAUCGUCGGUUCCGAGAAGCAGCAACUCAUUGUGGACAAGAUUUCGCUUCUGUACACCGUCUUCACCCGUAUCGACAAGAUGCAGGUCGUCCAGGUCCCCAACAUUGCACUCAACAACCUUUGGAUCGAGAACGUCUCCCGUAGCAAGGCCAUGAAGGAGGUCAUCGACUUGAACGUCUCCUACGACACCAGCUUCGAGGACCUUGAGCUUCUCCGUGUUGAGAUGGAGAACUUUGUUCGCAACUCCGACAACUCCCGCGACUUCAUGCCCGAUAUCGCCAUUGGCGUUGCCGGUGUCGGUGACUUGGACAAGCUUCAACUUAAAAUCGCGAUCAAGCACAAGUCCAACUGGCACAACGAUGGCGUUCGCGCCACUCGCCGCUCCAAGUUCAUGUGCGCCCUGGCCAUGGCUCUGAAGAAGAUCCCCGUUUAUGCCCCAGGUGGUGGCAGCGAGGCCCUUGGUGCUCCUGGCAACCCAUCUUACUCCGUCGCUGUUACCGACUCCUUUGCUGCGUCAGCCCGUGAUAAGGCUGCCAAGGACAAGGAGGCCGCGCGUUUGGUGCCCUCCCCCGCCGCCGAGGGAACUGACGGCAACCCCGACUCUAACACUGAGAAGGCUGCCGCAGCUGAACUCAACCUGCGUGACCCGAUGGCUGAGGAGGAAUGGGGCUACCGUGUAGGCGAUGAUGAAACCCUGUCUUCCAAGGAAGAUCGCCGCCGCUCCAACGACAUCGAUCGCGUCCGCAGUCAGCUGAUGAAGCGCGCCAGCACCAAGGGCGGCGGCGGCCGUCGCAAGCCCGGCGAAGGCAUUCCCAUGUCCCCCGUCGGUGACGGACCCGGCCUCGGUCUGACCCAGACGACGUCUCGCAACCGCAUUUACGACGAGGAGGCCGAGACCGGCGUCCAGGGAUCCUACAACUCCCCUUACUACGGAGCCCAGUCAACGGGUUACUCCGGCGCCUACGGACAGUCUCUGUCUCCCACCAUCUCACCUCCCCACAACACCAACCUCACCCCCCACCCACUUCAGAGCGCCCCGUCGGGCCAGCGUCCACGAGGACGCAGCGUAUCCAACACUCAGCAGGAGGCUCAGCAGAGCACCUCAAAGAAGCAGUAAAGGGGGAUGCUAAGGAUCGCACGAAAAACAUAACCAAGUAAAAGAAUGAGAAGCAACAAAAAAUUGGAGAAAGAUUAAUACCAGCCGGUCAAUUGUCUGACACAAAAAGCCCGGGCGUUUUCUUUUACGUGGGCAUUGAGACUGGCUCCCCAUGCCUAAUGAAUUUCCUUACACAAACUUCACAUGGGGGGAACAGAUAGAUUACGAAUAGAGUAUGAUGACAUG